AUGGGAGGAGGUGCUCCGUCUUACUACCCAUCUUACGAACCGCCAAUCGAUGCAGAAGAUGGAUCGGAAUCAGUUCUUAUCAAUGCAUGGCUCGGUCGAGCUUUGACGGUAAGCCCGCCUCACAGGGACCCGUACUACAAUUUCUAUACCCAAAUCGUUGGUAGUAAGAUUGUUUGGAUUGCACCGCCAGAGCCAGAGGUUGUGGAAGCAAUGAACAUAGGAGAAAGCAUAACUUCGUCUGUUGAAGUUUUCACAAAAUCCCAACAAUCGCUAGCAUUUGAGAGGAACGUUCGUCCCUGGGCCAUGUUUGCAAUCUUACAACCAGGUGAUGUACUGAUCAUGCCACCGGGAUGGUUUCAUGCUUUCAAAGCAUUAACAAAGAGCUUUUCAGUCUCGAUGUGGUUUUGAUGGCUCUUUUUUGUACCCACACAAACAAACAAUGAAAAUGAACAAGUUACUCAACAAAUUAUGAUUUGCUACAGAUUGAUGAUACUAUUGACAUUUGUUUUGCUUUGAGAAUGUAUGAAAG